CUCAAAUUGUUUCAAUUGUGAAGGUAAAAUGGUUUAGGAUAACGAGCAAAAAAAAGUCCGAAACAAUGUCGUCACGAAGUUCCUCCCGGCAUGCGCACAGUGAAGAAGCAAUCAGAAAGUGUCUCGACGAAAUCGUGAAGGGCUCUUCUGUAAAAUCCACCUGUAAUAAAUACGGAAUCUCUCGAUCUACUAUUCGAUACCGAUUGAGCAGCAAAUGGCAAAAAACAACCAAACAUGGACCACCCAGUGUUCUCUCUAAGGAAGAAGAAGAUAAAAUUUGUGUCUGGAUCAUUGGGAUGCAACAGCGUGGUUUCCCCGUACAGCGCCGUUCUCUGCUCCUCAAAGUCCAAGAGUUUUUGUCUGCUAAUCCCAGGAAAACUCCAUUUAAAAAUAAUUGCCCUGGCCGGAAAUGGUUCAACUCCUUUAUGCGACGACAUCCUACAUUGUCCCUCCGAACACCAGAGGAAGUAACAUCUGCUAGUGCUCGUGUAAGCGAAAAAGAUAUUCGGAAUUGGUUUAAGGAAGUCUAUCAGUGGCUGGACCGCCAUGGAAUAAGUGAUAUCCUAAUUGACUCAUCCCGUGUGUUUAACGGAGAUGAAACCUCCUUUUAUCUUCAUCCGAAAACUAAAGAAGUCAUUGCACAGAGAGGAAGCAAAAACGUCUACGAAGUGGAACAAGCCUGCAGCAAGCAAAACGUUACCGUGAUGUUUUCGGCAGAGAAUUAG